UACUGCCGCUAAUUCGUUAGUUUGCUCUCUGUUGUGACGCUGUCGUAACGAAGCAGCGUAAAGACCAUGGCAGCCCAGCUACAGCGCCUCCAUGUGGUUGUGGUCCAUCUGCUCCUCCUGGACUACUUAUCCGGGGUCCACUCCAUGCCAGACCCCAGACAAAGAGAGGCCCUCAUACAGCUGGAGGUCUCCAUGCAGACAGGUGGGCAGAUGGUGUUGACUGAUGCUGAGCAGCAGCUGGACUCUCUGUUGUUCAAAAUGAAGCAGAGGGAGAUGCAGGGAGCAGCCUUCCCUCCUGCCAUGCACUUCUUCAAGGCCAGGCAACUCAUCAGGAACAGUCCUAUCUUCAGCCUGCUGCAGAAGAUGCCCAAAGGGGGAGCGCUCCAUGUCCACGACUUCUCUGUAGUUGAUGUUGAGUGGCUAGUGAAGAACGUGACCUAUCGGCCUCACUGCUACAUGUGCUUCACAAAGGAUCAGUCCAUCAGGUUCAUUUUCUCAUCUCAGUGGCCCAAACCUCUUCCAAUUUGCUCUUCCUGGUUCCUGCUGGAAGACCUGCGAGCCAAGACAACAAACACCACAGAGCUAGACAACAGCAUCAUGGGGAACCUGACGCUCUUCACUGAUCAGGAUCCAGAAACGGCGUACCCCAGUCAGGACGUGGUAUGGGAUGUAUUUGAACAGAGCUUCCUUGCACUGAUGGGUCUGGUCACAUAUGCUCCAGUGUUCAGAGACUAUUACCACCAAAGCCUGGCCCAGUUCUACAUGGACAAUGUCAUGUAUUUGGAACUACGGGCUUUGCUCCCAGAGGUAUAUGAAUUAGAUGGCAGCACUCAUGACAGAGCCUGGACUCUGAAGACCUAUGAGGAAGUCACUAGAGAGUUCACAGCAGAGCAUCCAGACUUCUAUGGAGCAAAAAUCAUCUUCACAAUCCACAGGGGAGUAAACGUAUCCACCAUGACUGGAGUUGUGGAGGAGGCAAUGAAGCUACAGAGAAAUUUCCCAGAUAUCAUGGCUGGAUUUGACCUGGUAGGCCGCGAGGACAGAGGAAAACCCCUGUGGUACUUCAGAGACGCCUUGUCGAUACCAGUAGAGAGAGGGGUCACACUACCUUUCUUCUUCCAUGCUGGAGAAACGGAUCGCGAAGGCACAGAAGUUGACCAGAACCUGUUAGAUGCUCUUUUGUUUAACACUUCACGAAUUGGCCAUGGUUUUGCUCUAACUCGCCAUCCAGUAGCCAAAGAGCUAUCCCAGAAAAGAGGGGUGGCCAUUGAAGUUUGCCCCAUCUCCAACCAGGUGAUGAUGUUGGUAAACGAUAUGCGAAAUCAUCCAGCAGCUGCUCUGAUGUCAGAGAACCACCCACUCGUCAUCAGCUCUGAUGACCCGGCCAUGUUCGGGGCCUCAGGCCUCUCUUAUGACUUCUAUGAGGCUUUUGUUGGCUUUGGUGGGCUUAGAUCCAACUUAGGUUCCCUCAAACAGCUGGCCAUAAACUCUAUUAGGUACAGCUCUCUGACUCCAAAGCAGCAGGAAAAAGUCUUGGCCAUGUGGCAGAUAAGAUGGAAUAAGUUUGUCUCUGAAAAUGCCUUUUAGAAUUUGCUUUUCCUAAACUCCUCAAUUCCUCAAAUGACUUCAUGUUCAACUGCAAUUUCAGCGUAGGGGAUUUAUAAAUGAUAAUCUGCUCAGGUGAGCACGUUUGAAGUUGACUUUUCAACAUGUUACAGGAGCAAAAGCACAGAGGUUGAAGGAUAGAAUUGAGGAUCAUUUGUCAUUUGUGAAACAAGCCUGAGCCAUGUCCCAUAUAAUUUAGGGAUUUUUUGUGUGGUUUGAGUGUAUUUUACAACUGUGUAUUAGGGCCAAUUAUGAACAAAAAAAAAACGUACUCAGGGGAGGGGGGUAAUAUUUCCAGAAAAAAAGUAGAGGCGAGAUUUUAAGAGAUUAAAAGUGGCAAAUCUACAAGAAAAUAAAGUCACAGUGGGCAUUUUCAGCACCAUAGACAGCGUCAGAUUGCACUUCCAUGAAAGAGCAACCAAGCAGGCCACCUGUGAACCAGCAAUAAAAAGGAGAUUGUAGUAAUUAGUGGGUUCCCAGUGAACUGUUGUAUAGGUGGUGCUGAGAAUGUGCAACAUGCUUGCUGCAGUAGAGAGGCUGUGAUUAGCCUACCCACACUAACGUGUCCGUGUGGCAUUCCCUGCUUACCGGGCGGUGUCUGUGGUGUGUUCAGGUUGCUUGACAAAAACAAAACUUUUUUUUUCUUCAUAAAUCUGCGACUUUAUUUCCUUGUAGAUUUGCCACUUUCAAUCUCAUAAAUCUGCGACUUUUAUCUUGUAGAUUUGUUACUUUUAUUCUCAUAAAUAAGCUACUUUUUUUCUCGAAAUGUUACCCCACCGGUAUGUAAUUUUAUUUUUUUUUAUACCUGGCCCUAAUAUGCCAUCGUAUUAGUUGCACAAUUUUACAAUGUGUUUGGUUGUGCUUUAAGAGCGUGUAUAAGCUUGCUGGUUGAGUUGGGCUUUAAAGCUUCAACUUUUUUAACUUGAACAUACUGUGUUUUUAGUCUUCGUCAUUUGCAGUAGGUAUAUGCUCAAGAGCUUCAUAUGUAUCCAUCCAUUUUCCACCGCUUUAUCCUCCGUAGGAGGGUCGCAGGUGGGCGCUGUGCCAAUCUCAGCUGACAUAGGGCGAUAGGCGGGGAAACAGACCAUCGUUGACUUUCACUCUCACACCUACAGUCGAUUUAGAGUGACCAAUUCACCUAAUCCCCAUAUUGCAUGUUUUUGGACUGUGGUAGGAAACCGGAGAACCCAGAGAAAACCCACGCACACACGCCCUUGUUCCUUCCUUCUUGCUGCAAAGGCAUGAGUGCUAACCACUACACCAACUGUGUGGGAGCUGUAUGUAAAAUGAAAAUGAUCAAGAAACGGUAGAAAACUAUCUAAUGUGUGCUAUACAUACACAGGGAAAUCAUAGUGUGACAUUUUGAUUAAUUUUAAGUGUAUGUGCCAAUGUAUAGAUGGAUAAGCAAAUAAAAUAUUUUUACAGUC